CCUACCGCCACAGUUAUCGGUCAACUGUCGGCCAUCUAUCGCCCGUCGAUAUUUCUUUCUGCAAAUUUUUCUCAACAUAAGUUGUUUUUUAUGUUUUAAAAACAUAUACGAAAACAAAAAUCAAUACACUGCUAACUUUAAGUGCUUAGCAAACGAAAUUGAGUCAAGCGCCUUGAUAAGCGCAAAACGAAGUAAACGUAAACGAAACGGCCAGCGAGCAGCGAACAACAGACAAAAAGACCCACAUACACUUACGCACACAAACGGAGAAACGAAAGAAGAAAAAAAAUAUAGCGAAAGAAAACUAAUAAGAAAAGCAGAAAACUAUUUAAAAAGAAAUGCGUGCAGAGCUGAUACCAAGUUCCAUAAGAAUUUUAAAGUCAGCACAGAGCUGAUUCCAAUAGGAGCAGCAACAACUUGAAUAAUAUAACAAGCUGCGCCGUUUGCCUCCUAUUACAGUUUUUAAUAGUGCAUGUGUGACUCUCUCUCUCUGUGUGCGUGUGUGUGAGUGUGUGUAUGUGUGUUGUCUCUGAUUGUUUUCUAUUGUGUGCGGAGUGCGAGCGUUUGUGCGUUUGUCUAAAGAGUGGGAGGGGGGCUGUGGGGGAGGGUGGGACGACAAGUGCAAGAAAGGAGUGAAAAAUCUGUGCAACAAAAUCGACGAUAACAACAACAACGGACAACACACAAACUUGGGUCUAAACGGGAUCGAGUUUCUUCAAUAGAAUCACACGUCCAUGUUUAAGCUUUUAAUGCUGGCCGAGAUUAGGCGCCGUCUAAACGUUUAGCAGCAUAAGGAGCAAAAGCUUUGGCCAUGCUCCCCAUUAGCGAGGAGCAGCACAUUGACAAUGGCAAUGGCAACAAUCAGCUACAGCAGCAACAGCAGCAAAAUGUUGCCGAUGAUGCCGCCGCCGCCGCGUCAGCCAAUGGUCUUGCCGAUGAGGAUGCUGCAUUGGCAAAUGAUGCUAGCUUGUGGACCGCUUUGUAUGACUACGAUGCACAGGGCGAGGAUGAGCUGACACUGCGACGUGGCCAAAUUGUUGUUGUGCUCUCCACGGACAGCGACAUAUCCGGCGAUGUUGGCUGGUGGACGGGCAAGAUCGGUGAUAAGGUUGGCAUAUUUCCGUGCAACUUUGUAACCGACACGGAUCCAAUGCAGCUGCCACAUGAGAUUGAAUACAAGGAGCUGGACAUUAAGGAGGUUAUUGGUUCCGGUGGAUUUUGUAAAGUACAUCGUGGCUAUUAUGGCAACGAGGAGGUGGCCAUUAAAAUAGCCCAUCAAACGGGCGAUGAUGAUAUGCAACGGAUGCGUGAUAAUGUCCUACAGGAGGCCAAACUCUUUUGGCCACUCGAACAUCCAAAUAUUGCCGCCCUGCGUGGCGUCUGUUUGCGUACAAAACUCUGUCUUGUUAUGGAAUAUGCACGUGGCGGCAGUUUAAAUCGUAUACUGGCUGCGGGCAAAAUACCACCAGAUGUCCUGGUCGAUUGGGCAAUACAAAUAGCACGUGGCAUGAAUUAUUUGCAUAGCGAGGCGCCCAUGUCGAUAAUUCAUCGUGACCUCAAAUCAUCCAAUGUGCUCAUCUAUGAGGCCAUCGAGGGCACACAAUUGUAUCAUAAAACGCUUAAAAUUACCGACUUUGGACUCGCCCGCGAAAUGUAUAAUACACAAUUCAUGAGCGCUGCGGGCACAUAUGCCUGGAUGCCGCCCGAGGUCAUCAGUCGCAGCAUGUACUCCAAAUCCUCGGAUGUUUGGAGCUAUGGUGUUCUACUCUGGGAGUUAAUCACUGGCGAGACACCAUAUAAAGGUUUCGAUCCCUUAUCGGUUGCCUAUGGCGUCGCUGUCAAUACGCUGACAUUGCCAAUACCAAAAACCUGCCCCGAAACUUGGGGUGCACUCAUGAAAAGCUGCUGGGAAAGUGAUCCGCAUAGAAGACCGGAUUUUAAAAAGAUAAUCGAACAGCUGGAGAGCAGUGCUUGCUCCGUGUUUACAUUAACGCCUCAGGAAUCAUUUCAUCAACAGCAGGAGCUAUGGAAAAAGGAGAUUGCCGAGGUUCUACACGAUUUGCGCGAAAAAGAAAAGGAACUGCGCAACAAGGAGGAGCAACUGGUGUUGAUUCAAAAGAAGCAGCUGGAGAAGGCAAAUAAAUUGCAUCUGCUUGAGGAGCAAUUGCGACUGCGGGAGAUAAAUAUUCUCGGAAGGGAGCUCAUCAUGCAACAGGGAAAGGUCCAACCGGUUCCAUCAAAGCGCAAGCCCAAAAAGAGCAAAAAGAAAGCACUGCAGAUUUCACUGCCAACUGGUUUCCGGCAUACAAUUACGGCCGUAUGCGAUAAAGUGGAGCCUCCUGGUUCUCCCUCCCUCUCCGGAUUACGCAUUGUAGCACUGACGGAUGGGCAUAAGAACAAGACGUGGGGUCCAUCGACAAUGCAUCAACGUGAACGGUCGCUGUUGCCGGCACAAUUGGGCGGACAACCAGCUGGAGAUUGGCCAGCACAAAAUUCGACGCACUCCUCGUUCAGCAAAAGUGCUCCGAAUCUGGAUAAGAAACAGUUAACAACCGGAGGAUUAACAAUGGGCAACGGGAAUGGGAAUGGCACAACGUCAUCGUUAACGGGAGCAUUAGCGGGACCAAAUGGACAACAACACUUGGGCAGCUCCAAUGUGGGAAGCAUUAGUGUUGGAAUGGGAAGCGGCGGCGGCGGCGGUUCAGCGCCAACCACGCCCAUGUAUGUGGGCGGUAGUGUGGCGGCAAUGGGCGCGGUGGGUGCGGGUGUGGCGACAGGUAUACCAUAUUUAAUAUUGCAUACCAACAAUAGCAACAACAACAACAACAGCAGCAGCAGCAACAACAACCACAAUCACAACCACAACAACAACAUUAGCAGCAGCAACAACAACAAUCACAGUAACAAUCAUAAAACUAAUAGCAACAACAACCACAACAACAACCACAACAGCAACAACAAUCAUAUGUCAACCAAAGCCUCGCCUCGACUGAAUGGUAAUCACAACAACAACAACAACAAUAACCCAUACAACAGCAACAACAAUGGCAAUUAUCGGCCAUCAACUGCCAAUAGCAUUUAUGGACGCGCACGUAGUCAAGAUUAUGGUCUAGAUCAUAUGCCAACUAACUCACAUAAUGUCGCCCAUUCAUUCUACGAUGAUAGCUCCGAAACGGAUACGUUAACCCCAACAACCGGUUGCUUUCACUUUCUCAAAUCAAGCUCAUCGGCAGCGGCCAUGAGUUCGUCGGGUUCUAACAAUUUAGGACGUCUUGGUGGCAGUCUGGGCAAUAGUCCAGCGGUGGGCAGAAAGAAACUAUCACUCGAUAGUCAAUUUGUUGUCAGUCAAACAACAACAACACCAACGACACUAUUGACACCAACAACACCAACGACAUUGAUUAUUUCACCACAAUUGACGGAACGUGCUGGUGCUGGUGGUGAUAACAAUACAUAUGAUCGUGCCUUUUAUCGGGAUGUGGUCAAGAAGAUUCUGGCUAGCAGUGAGCGUGUUAAUUCCAAAUCCAGUGGUGAUUUAACCAUGUAUAAUUCAUCGACACGUUUAACAACAGAACAACGUGUCGAUUAUGAUGAUUAUGAGGAUGCGGAGGAAGCGAAUGAGAGUCAUUUUCAACGCAAUGCAUCGGGAUCACAAUUUCCACGUCAUUGCUUUUUCCGCGAGCAACCGCAUAAAGUACAACAGCAAAAGGCAAAGGAGAGGGAGGAGAGUGAGGAAACCGAUGAGGAGCAAAGAAUUCAAAUGAAUUCCAAUUGCUCAUCGGCGUCGGCAAAUCAAAUGCGUGCCACAUCGCGCAAAAGUUCAGUGACAUUUCAAAUGAACUCCACUGAGAGUGCAACAACGGAGUUGCAGAGUCCAAGUUUGAGUCAGCGUCAACGUUUUCAAACGUCCAUUGCCUCGAUAAGCUUUGCCACCAAUUAUAGUUCCAGCGAUAACGAUAACGACAACGAUGACGAUGACAAUGACAAUGACAUUCACAAUAGCGAUAACGGUAAUGCCUCCGAUCAUGACACACAGAUGAAUGGUGCAUUAAUACAUGAGAAUAGCAUUCUGCACACACGUCGCAUGCUCGACGUGCAACCGCAUCCCGAAGUCAUUAAAAUGAAGCAAACAUUGUACGCGGAACAACAACGUCAACAACAGCAGCAACAACAGCAACAACACAAGAAGAAAAAACUCAAGUAUAUGACCAAGUCCAAAUCCGUUGAGGCAGCCACUAAUGAUGCGGUGCAACAGUUGCAACAGCAACACCAACAACAACUGCAACAGUUGCAGCAGCAACACCAACAACAACAACAACAAUCGCAACAACAUUCAACAAGUGGCAUAAAAUUCAGAUCUUUAAUAAAUCUUUUCACACGCGGCUCAAAGAAGAAAUAUACAAAGCUGUCGUCGGACAAUCAGUUGGGCAACACUGGCAGCGCCAGUCAAAGUGGCAGCAUUGCCGAAUUCGCCGCAAUUGAUCCAUACGAAACGGAGCUGGCAAUGGGCAAAACAUCAGCAGCAGCAACAACAGCAACAAGCGGACGCAGCUCAAAGCGCAAGAGCAAAAAACCGCAGACACAAUCCUGUGAGCAAUUGGAGAGAGUGUGAGAGAGA